AUGAGUGAUCCCUUCCAGUUCCCAUAUGAGUAUGCCAAACCAGGGGAUAUAAUAAUCGGAGGGAUUGCUUCACAAUUUCAUUGCCUGGUGGAAAUAAGCAACUUUGAGGAACAUCCCGAAACAAAGGUGGUAGAAGAACUCGUGGCAACGUUAAAGAAUUACCAACAUGUACUUUCAUUAAUAUUUGCUGUGAAGCAGAUCAAUGAGAAUCCCGACAUAUUGCCAAAUAUCAGCCUAGGGUUCCACAUUUAUGACAGCUACAAGAAUGCAAAGAUGUCUUAUCAGAACACCCUGAAACUUCUGUCUGCCCAGAGAAAGACUAUUCCAAAUUACAACUGCAAGAAGCAAACUAAUUUGAUAUCUGCAAUUGGAGGUCUUGAUGCCAAAGUCUCUCUUCAUAUGUCUACAGUUUUAGGCAUCUAUAAGAUUCCUCAGCUUCACCAUUUUCUAAGGACCAUCUCAUUUAACAAUAGUGCUGGAGACACUGUAUCUUUUGAUGAGAAUGGUGAAUUGGUAGCUGGAUUUGAUAUUAUCAACUGGAUCACUUUCCCAAACAAAUCUUUUCUUCGUAUGAAAGUUGGAUACCUGGACCCACAAGCUUUAAGUGGUCAUCAAUUAACUAUUCAUGAAGAGGCCAUCACGUGGCAUAGUUCAUUUAAUCAGAUCCUUCCUGUUGCUCUGUGUAAUGAGAAAUGCCAUCCAGGUUACAGACAAAAAAAGAAAGAAGGAGAACCAUUCUGCUGCUACAAUUGUGUUCCUUGUCCAGAUGGGAAGAUUUCAGAUCAGAAAGACAUGGACAACUGUUUCCAAUGCCCAGAAGAUCAAUUUCCAAAUGAAGACAAAAAUCAAUGUAUUGCAAAAAGAUUACAUUUUCUCUCUUUCCUGAAUCCUUUGGGGACUACUUUAGCAUUUUUGGCUUUAUUUUUUGUUGUGCUCACAAUUCUGAUACUAGGAGUUUUCAUCAAGAACCAGAACACUCCCAUUGUCAAAGCCAACAACCGGGACCUCACCUACUGUCUGCUCAUCUCCUUAUUGCUUUGUUUUCUCUGCUCCUUGUUAUUUAUUGGCAAGCCACAAAUAGUGACUUGCUAUUUACAACAAGUAACUUUUGGUAUCAUCUUCACAGUGGCUGUUUCUUGUAUAUUAGCAAAAACAAUAACUGUAGUUCUAGCUUUUAUGGCCACUAAGCCAGGAUCUAGGAUAAGGAAAUGGGUUGGGAGAAGACUGACCAUUCUCAUCCUGUUUGGCUGUUCCUUCAUUCAGGCUAGUAUUUGUGCUGUAUGGCUGUGUACAGCUCCUCCUUUCCCAGCGUUUGAUAUGCAUUCCCUUCCUGGAGAAAUUAUAGUGCAAUGCAAUGAAGGAUCACUUGGUAUGUUUUAUUAUGUCUUGGGCUACUUGGGAUUUUUGGCUAUUGUCAGCUUCACUGUGGCUUUCCUAGCCAGGAAGUUGCCAGAUACUUUCAAUGAAGCCAAGUUCAUUACCUUCAGCAUGCUGGUUUUCUGCAGUGUCUGGCUGUCCUUUAUUCCUUCAUAUCAGGGCACUAAUGGAGAACAUAUGGUCGCUGUGGAGAUCUUCUCUAUCUUGGCAUCUGGUGCUGGAUUAUUAAGUUGUAUCUUUUUCCCAAAAUGUUACAUUAUUAUCCUAAAACCUGAACUGAACAUCAAGGAACAGUUGAUAAAGAGAAACAUUUAA